AUGCCUGUUCGCAGGGGGCACGUGGCACCACAAAACACAUUUUUGGGGACCAUCAUACGGAAAUUUGAAGGGCAAAAUAAAAAAUUUAUCAUCGCAAAUGCCAGAGUGCAGAACUGUGCCAUCAUCUACUGCAAUGAUGGGUUCUGUGAGAUGACUGGUUUCUCCAGGCCAGAUGUCAUGCAAAAGCCGUGCACCUGUGACUUUCUCCAUGGGCCUGAGACCAAGAGGCAUGAUGUUGCUCAAAUUGCCCAGGCGUUGCUGGGGUCAGAGGAGAGGAAAGUGGAGGUCACCUACUACCACAAAAAUGGGUCCACUUUCAUUUGUAAUACUCACAUAAUUCCAGUGAAAAACCAAGAGGGCGUGGCUAUGAUGUUCAUCAUUAAUUUUGAAUAUGUGAGAGAUGAAGAAAAUGCUGCUUCGCCAGAGAGGGUAAAUCCAAUAUUACCAGUCAAAACUGUAAACCGGAAACUUUUUGGGUUCAAAUUCCCUGGUCUGAGAGUUCUCACUUACAGAAAGCAGUCCUUACCACAGGAAGAUCCUGAUGUGGUAGUGAUUGAAUCAUCUAAACACAGCGACGACUCCGUAGCCAUGAAGCACUUGAAGUCUCCAACAAAAGAAAGCUGCAGCCCCUCGGAAGCAGAUGACACAAAAGCCUUGAUACAGCCCAGCAAGUGUUCCCCCUUGGUGAAUAUCUCUGGACCUCUUGACCAUUCCUCUCCUAAAAGGCAAUGGGACCGACUCUACCCUGACAUGCUGCAGUCAAGUUCCCAGCUGACUCAUUCCAGAUCAAAGGAAAGCCUUUGUAGUAUACGGAGGGCUUCCUCGGUUCAUGAUAUAGAAGGAUUCAGUGUCCAUCCCAAGAACAUAUUUAGAGACCGACACGCCAGUGAAGACAAUGGUCGCAAUAUUAAAGGGCCUUUUAAUCAUAUCAAGUCAAGCCUCCUGGGAUCCACGUCGGAUUCAAACCUCAACAAAUACAGCACCAUUAACAAGAUUCCACAGCUCACUCUGAAUUUUUCAGAUGUCAAAGCUGAAAAAAAGAAUGCAUCCCCUCCUUCUUCAGAUAAAACCAUUAUUGCGCCCAAAGUUAAAGAUCGAACACACAAUGUGACAGAGAAAGUUACCCAGGUUCUCUCUUUAGGAGCAGAUGUUCUACCAGAAUAUAAGCUGCAGACGCCACGCAUCAACAAGUUCACGAUCUUGCACUACAGUCCUUUCAAGGCCGUCUGGGAUUGGCUUAUCCUCCUGCUGGUCAUAUACACUGCUAUAUUCACGCCCUAUUCUGCAGCCUUUCUCCUCAACGAUAGAGAAGAACAGAAAAGACGAGAAUGUGGCUAUGCCUGUAGCCCUUUGAAUGUGGUAGACUUGAUUGUGGAUAUUAUGUUUAUCAUAGAUAUUCUAAUCAACUUCAGAACAACAUAUGUAAAUCAGAAUGAAGAAGUGGUAAGUGAUCCAGCCAAAAUAGCAAUACACUACUUCAAAGGCUGGUUCCUGAUUGACAUGGUUGCAGCAAUUCCUUUUGACUUGCUGAUUUUUGGAUCGGGUUCUGAUGAGACAACAACAUUAAUUGGUCUUUUGAAGACAGCUCGACUCCUUCGUCUUGUGAGAGUGGCCCGAAAACUUGAUCGAUACUCAGAAUAUGGGGCUGCAGUUCUAAUGCUCUUAAUGUGCAUAUUCGCCCUGAUUGCUCACUGGCUGGCUUGCAUUUGGUAUGCCAUUGGGAAUGUAGAAAGGCCCUACCUGACUGACAAAAUCGGCUGGUUGGAUUCCUUAGGACAACAAAUUGGGAAACGUUACAAUGACAGUGACUCAAGUUCUGGACCAUCCAUUAAAGAUAAAUACGUCACAGCACUUUAUUUUACCUUCAGCAGUUUAACGAGUGUGGGAUUUGGGAAUGUGUCUCCUAACACCAAUUCGGAGAAAAUCUUUUCGAUUUGUGUUAUGUUGAUUGGCUCACUAAUGUAUGCAAGCAUUUUUGGGAAUGUAUCUGCAAUUAUCCAAAGACUGUACUCGGGAACUGCCAGGUACCAUAUGCAGAUGCUGCGAGUAAAGGAGUUCAUUCGCUUUCACCAAAUCCCCAACCCUCUGAGGCAGCGGCUUGAAGAAUAUUUCCAGCACGCAUGGACUUACACCAAUGGCAUUGACAUGAACAUGGUCCUAAAGGGUUUCCCAGAAUGUUUACAAGCUGACAUUUGUCUACAUCUCAACCAGACUUUGCUGCAAAACUGCAAAGCCUUUCGGGGGGCAAGUAAAGGUUGCCUUAGAGCUUUGGCAAUGAAGUUCAAGACCACCCAUGCACCUCCAGGAGACACCCUGGUUCACUGUGGGGAUGUCCUCACUGCUCUUUAUUUCUUAUCCAGAGGCUCCAUUGAAAUCCUCAAAGAUGACAUUGUGGUAGCUAUUCUGGGAAAAAAUGAUAUAUUUGGAGAAAUGGUCCAUCUUUAUGCCAAACCUGGAAAGUCUAACGCAGAUGUAAGAGCACUCACAUACUGUGACUUGCAUAAGAUUCAGAGAGAAGAUUUGCUAGAGGUUUUGGACAUGUAUCCUGAGUUUUCCGAUCACUUUCUCACAAACCUAGAGCUGACUUUCAACCUGAGGCAUGAGAGUGCGAAGGCUGAUCUCUUACUACGAUCACAGUCCAUGAAUGAUUCUGAAGCAGACAACUGUAAACUGCGAAGGAGAUUGUCAUUUGAUAGUGAAGGAGACAAAGAUUUUGGCAAAGGAAGCACUACAAAUGACCCUGAAGACUCUGUAGAUACCAUAAGACAUUACCAGAGUUCCAAAAAGCACUUCGAAGAGAAAAAAAGCAGGUCUUCAUCUUUCAUCUCCUCCAUUGAUGAUGAACAAAAGCCUCUCUUCUCGGGACUUGCUGAUUCUCCUCCAGGGAUAGGGAAAGCAACUGGACUCGGUCUUGAAGAAACAGGGCCCACCUCAGGAAGGAUUCACAUAGAUAAAAGAAGUCACUCUUGCAAAGAUGUCACUGACACAAGAAGCUGGGAAAGAGAAAAUACUGGGACUCAGGCUGAUGAGCCUAGUCCCUCAGCACUUCAGCAAGCUGCCUGGGGAGUCUCUGAAACUGAAAGCGACCUCACCUAUGGAGAAGUGGAGCAAAGAUUAGAUUUGCUUCAGGAACAGCUUAACAGACUUGAAUCCCAAAUGACUGCAGACAUCCAGACCAUCCUACAGCUGCUGCAGAAACAAACCACUGUGGUCCCACCAGCCUAUAGUAUGGUCACUGCAGGAGGAGAGUAUCAGAGACCCACCAUCCGCCUGAUGAGAACCAGUCAUCCGGUCGCGUCCAUCAAGACAGAUCGAAGUUUCAGUCCUUCCUCACAGUGUCCUGAAUUUCUAGACCUUGAAAAAUCCAAACUUAAAUCCAAAGAAUCCCUCUCAAGUGGAGUGCAUCUGAACACCGCUUCGGAAGACAACUUGACUUCACUUUUAAAACAAGACAGUGAUCUCUCUUUAGAGCUUCACCCCCCAAGGCAAAGGAAAACUUGCCUUCAUCCAAUUAGGCAUCCCUCUUUGACAGAUUCAUCCCUAAGCACUGUAGGAGUCUUGGGUCUUCAUAGGCAUGUUUCUGAUCCUGGUCUUCCGGGGAAAUAA